AUGAGAGCUCUGAGAAAACCGGCGAGGAGACCCAGCCUACUUUAUCUGCUCUCUGCUGCUGCCAUUUUCUCUCUCUUCCUUUUGGCCGUACAGUCCUCUUUCUUCAUAGGUAACCAUUCUAAAAUCAACGAGGAGGAUGUUCGGAUUUUAUCUGAUUUUCAGUCCAGUGUUCAACAAUGCGUGGCGAACAGAGGGCUUGGACUCACUGCACACAUAAUUGAUCAUUGUAAUUUGGUUCUCAAGUUCCCUCAGGGGACUAACAGUACCUGGUACAAUGAACAGUUUAAAAUCUUUGAGCCAUUGGAGUACAAGUAUGAUGUUUGUGAAGCAAUACUAUUGUGGGAACAGUAUCGUAACAUGACUACAGUGUUGACAAGAGAGUAUUUAGAUACUCGGCCUGACGGGUGGUUAAACUAUGCAGCAAAAAGGAUAGCACAGUUAGGUGCAGACAAGUGCUAUAAUCUUACUUUGUGUGAGGAACAUCUUAAUAUUCUUUUACCAGCAAAGCCACCCUUCCAUCCCCACCAAUUUCGAACUUGUGCCGUUGUUGGAAAUUCAGGAGAUCUCUUAAAGACAGAGUUUGGAAAGGAAAUCGAUAGCCAUGAUGCAGUUAUAAGAGACAAUGAAGCCCCUGUUAAUGAGAAAUAUAGCAAGUAUGUUGGGCUGAAGAGAGAUUUUCGUCUUGUAGUGAGGGGUGCUGCGCGUAACAUGAUUUCCAUUCUCAAUGGUUCAGAUGAUGAGGUGCUUAUAAUCAAAAGUCUUACGCAUAGAGACUUUAAUGCAAUGAUAAAGAGGAUCCCAAAUCCAGUGUAUCUCUUCCAAGGUAUUGUACUUCGCAGAGGUGCCAAAGGAACUGGAAUGAAAUCAAUAGAACUGGCACUUUCCAUGUGUGAAGUUGUUGAUAUAUAUGGUUUCACUGUUGAUCCAGGAUACACUGAGUGGACCAGAUACUUCUCAACACCAAGGAAAGGACACAAUCCACUUCAAGGAAGGGCUUACUACCAGCUUUUAGAAUGCCUUGGUGUUAUUAGGAUCCAUUCUCCCAUGCGAGCUGAAAGGAAGCAGGACUGGUCAGAUGUGCCUACUCGAGAAAUGAUAAGCAGAGCUCAUGCAGCUGCUGUGCGCGUGAAGAAGAAUCAAUCUGGUGAAGACGGUGACUUGGGUCAAUUCCAUAACUGUAAAGUGUGGGGCAAUGCUCAUGGAAGCGGGUCUACCUCUGGAUCUCCAGAUAUGAGUGAUGUCAGGAGGAAUUCGAAUUACAGUAAAUGGGAAGUCAUGCCUUUUGAAAAAUUAAGAAAAGCAGCUCGGGAGCAUUUUAUUCAGAUGGAAGGUGUCUCGAUGUACAAAAUGGAUGGCAAUAAAUUGGAUGAUCUAGUUUGUGUGAGGCAUUCCUCAAAAUCCUAG